ACUGAGCUGCGGCGAGCGAGCGAACAGCAGCAGAAAAACCCUCCAGCUCCUGCUGACAUUUUAUAUUCCGACACAGCCGUUUAAAAAUCGGUGAAUUCGGGCGCUGAGAUGCCGGGCAUGAUGGACAAAGGCUCGGAGUAUCUGGGGAAAGGUCGCUCCAACGGCACGAAGAGUCCGUCCAACGCUUCUAACGGACAUUUUUCUGACGAAAGCGGCAGCGACGACGAGCACGAUGUCGGGAUGCGAGUCGGAGCCGAUUACCAGGCCAACAUUCCCGAGUUUGAGCCCGGCUCCACCAAGUACACAGACAAAGACAGCGGGGGGAUGCUGGUCUGGUCUCCCUAUCACACCAUCGUCGACUCCAAGCUGGAUGAAUACAUCGCUAUCGCCAAAGAGAAACAUGGAUACAACGUGGAGCAGGCUCUCGGCAUGCUCUUCUGGCACAAACACAACAUAGAGAAGUCUCUGGCCGACCUGCCAAACUUCACUCCGUUUCCAGACGAGUGGACGGUGGAGGACAAGGUGCUGUUUGAACAGGCCUUCAGCUUCCACGGCAAGAGCUUCCACCGCAUCCAGCAGAUGUUACCGGACAAAUCCAUCUCCAGUCUGGUGAAGUACUACUACUCGUGGAAGAAGACCCGCUCCAGAACCAGUCUGAUGGACCGGCAGGCUCGUAAACUGGCCAGCAGGAACAACCAGGACGACAGGUACCGCUCGUGUUCUGUCUCAGCGACGGCUGAAAACUCAAAGACUUCCUGUUUCGAUGAAGAGAUGGAGGAAGCCAAUCCCAUCGAAGCCAACGACAGCGACUAUGACCCCAACAAGGAAGCUAAGAAAGAGAACCAGGUGGAGCUGCCGGUGCCGGGCGCUAAGGUGGCUCUGGGUCGACGGGAGCACCAGACCCUGCAGCACCGACACCACCAGCGCUCCCGCUGCCGGCCCCCCAAAGGCAUGUACCUGACCCAGGAAGACGUGGUGGCCGUGUCCUGCAGCGCCUCCGCCGCCAACACCCUCCUCCGUCAGCUGGACAUGGAGCUGGUGUCCCUCAAGAGACAGGUCCAGAACGCCAAACAGAUGAACAGCGGACUCAAACACAUGUUGGAGUCUGGGAUCGAAGAGUUCAGGCUGCCUGAGUGUAACCAGAAGGUGAACGCUCGCUGGACCACGGACGAGCAGCUCCUGGCUGUUCAAGGUGUCAGGAAGUACGGGAAGGACUUUCAGGCCAUCGCAGACGUGAUAGGCAACAAGACGGUGGGCCAGGUGAAGAACUUCUUUGUGAACUACCGGCGGCGCUUCAACCUGGAGGAGGUGUUGCAGGAGUGGGAGGCCGAGCAGGGGACGCGAGCGCCCAACGGAGACAGCGCCACCUCUGGAGAGGAGGGGAAGAACAGCUCCACCACUCCGUCAGGGAAGAGCACCGACGAAGAAGACGAAGAGGGUCAGGUGACCUCCUCAGGUGCGUCUCCUGCUGCCUCCUCUUCUUCUAUUUCAGCUCAGACUCCGGUGACGUCCAGCACCACCUCCUCCUCUUCCCUCCACCAGCCCCCUCCUCUCCUGCGGCCCUCCCUGCCGGCCACGCCGUCCCUGCACCGCCAGCCGCCGCCCCUCCAACAGCAGGCCCGUUUCCUGCAGCCCCGCCCCACACUGCAGCAGCCCCCGCCUCUUAUCCGCCCCUCCAACCCCCUGCCCCCCCGCCUCAACCCUCGCCCUCCCGCCCCCAUGACCCUUGGCGGCAACCUCGGGGGGUCAGGCUCAAGCUCCGCCCAGCAGCCCUUGGGUCUGGCCAUCCACCAAUCAGAGACGGCCUCGUCCUCCUCCCUUCACUAACGAACGUCGGACUGAGUUUCUGUUGAAGAGACAAGAAAGAAAAUAAUCACUCUCAAUCUGAAGCUGCAGCGUUCAGGUCCUGUGGGAAAAUCUGAGUGACAGAGCUUUUCCACUCUGACACAUUUACACAAAACAAAAUGAGAAAUCUUAAUCUGAGUUUUUAAUAUUUGGUGAGUGUUUGUGUAUGUGUUCGGGGUUGAAGUUUGCAUUUCCCACAGGACUUAAAUGCAGCGUACCUGUUGGCUGAUGGGAACAUGGUUCUAAAAUCUUUGUCUCAUUAAAGGAGCUUUGACUAGAAGUCAUCCAGUCCGAACACAGAUGAUUAAAUCAGUGUCUUUUCAGUCAUCAGCUAAUCCUCAACUGACAUGUGGCGUCCCUCAGGGUUCAAUCCUGGGUCCCUUCUUUUUCUCCAUGAGUAUGUCUCCACCUUUUCCGCCAUCAGUUUGGUUCCUUAACCACAAAAAAAAAUGACAUCAGCACUUCCUGUAAAACCCGUUUCAAAGCCAGUGAUUUAAUAAAAAACGCCUUUUUUAAUUCAAUAAGACUAAGAGUCAACAGCCAUGCUAGCAGCCCUGGAAGCUGUACUGAGGCAUUAAGUUAUAUGCUAAUGUCAGCAUGCUAACAUACACAUUAUCAGUGCUAACAUGCUGAAGUGUAGCAGGUAUAAUGUUUACUAUGUUCACCAUUUUAACAUGUUAGCAUGCUAACAUUUGUUAGUUAGCACAAACAUGUUGAUGUUUAGCAGGUAUAAUGUUUGCUAUGUUCACCAUCUUCGUUUGAUAUGAUAGCAUGCUAACAUUUGCUAGUUAGCACAAAGUAGUAGAGCUGAAAUCAGUGUGAUUUAUGGAAGUUCAGUUUCAGUCUUAUGAUGUCAUCCUUCUGUCAGGAUUUAACGAACUCAUGAUCUCUCCUCUAGCACCACCUCAGGACAAACUCAAUGUUUUUAGCUCCACAUGUCAGGAUGUUCAUAUUGUGGUUGUAAUGAACAGUGCAGCCUCUAGGGGGGUGUUAGCAAGACUGUAAACUGUUAGCUUUGUGUUUAAAGGCUUAGUCUGGAGAUUUUUCUUACUGUCAACAAAUCUUGUGCAGACUCGAACCAACAACGUGUCAGUCCGUCUCUCAACACUGUCAGACUUCCCUCCUCCGCCUGUGGCUCUCAGCUCCGAGCUCAUUGGUUCCUACUGAAGAGGGUAAUAUCUCACAAAUGUAAAGUUUCAUUUAUAAAAACACUCAGUCAUUUCCUGACACAGCUGGAUACUGUUGUUUUCAUCAAACAAACAGGGGGUAAUAGUGCGUUUGGGUGAGACUAUUUGCUCCGGUGUGUUUUUGGGGUUGGACAGUGUACGUGUGAUAUUUUUAUUCCUCCGUGCCGGCGACAGUCAGAGCAGCAGCCAUUUUGUUUUUGGCUUGUCCGUCCCAUUCUUGUGGACACGAUAUCUCCGUAACGCCUUGAGGGAAUUUCUUCAAAUUUAGUAAAAACCUGGACUCAAGGAUGAACUGAUUAGACUUUGGUGGCUAAAGGUCAAAGGUCAAAGUCACAGUGACCUGACAAAAUUAUAUUGAUAUUGGCCUUGUGAAUGCAAUAUUUCAAAAACUCCUCAAGGGAAUCACUUCAAAUUUGGCGCAAAUGUUAAAUUGGACUCAAGGACGAACUGAUUAGAUUUUUGGGGAUCAAAGGUCAAAGGUCAGUGUGACCUCUGGAAAAACAGGGAUGUAACCUGCUUGAUUCCAGUUUAUUGUUGACAUGAGGAUUUGAUACACACCACACUUGUUAGUAGGAGACACUCAGUGCUGGUUUGUUUCUGCACAUGAAGAUUUGUUGACAAGAGGAAACUUGUAGAAUAUCACUUGUACAGAUGGGAACAGGUGGAGAUGAAGCUGGAGGCCUCAGUGUUGUGUACAGUAGCAUUAGACAUCAACAUGUACAGUUUGGUAUUUAUUUGAGUGAUUUGUAAACCGCUGUCCAUCUGAUCAGUUGUUCAUAACGUACAAACAGCUGCGUACGUUUGUUUUUAUAGUUGAUUCGAUGCUUUUUGAAAACACUAAAGCUUCACCCGGACGCCCUCCAGUAUGUGUAGAAAUGUCUCUGUCAAUGUUCUGUUGUUGGGGUUAAUGUUCUCAGAGUAGCUGUUGUUUUGUUUUUGUUUUUCUCCACAUGUUGAAGAUUCAUUUGAAAACUAAAAACCUAUUUCACCAUCCGCUGGACUCGGGAGCUUCAGAUGUGCUGUCAAGUCUGUCUUCUUAUUAUUUAUUCUUAUUAUUCCUGGUGCUACCAGUUUGGACUUGGUGUGAAAAAGUCAUUGUGAAAGUGCUCUUAAAGCUUUUUGGACAAACAUGUAUCACAGCAUUUAAUGUAACUGGAAUCAUAGAGUCCUGGAGUUUCAGUAGAACCUGUAAAAUAUUGAUGUUAAGACGAAGCUGCUGAGAUUUCUCUCUGAGGUUGUUGCUCAUUCUCAUUAAAAUCUACAUUUGUACCAUC